AUGAAAUGCCAUGCCCAGAAGAACGACAAAUCGGCUCCUGCUACUCAGUCUCACUCACGGAGGAACACGAUCUCUGAGGGCGUCCCUCCUCAACCGGCCCAGGAUGAUUUCAACGUCAACUCGCCGUCGGCCAUUGCCAAUGCAUCGACGACGGGCAUCCCGUUGAUGCAGAUCCUCUCACCCAGCAACUACCUCAACCAACCCAAUAAUGAUUCGCCCAAGCUCGCCCGACACCCUUCGUUGGAGGUUGCCCACACUUUCAUUAACCCGUCAUCGACACAGAACAAUGCCCUUGACAUACAGCUUCCCGGGUCGACCUGGUCCGUUCCAUCGCCCAUCGCCACCAUGAACAACAAGACCUCGACUUCGUCGCACGGUCAAAAACCUUCUCCCUCGCAGCAUAGCGGAGAGGUUUCAACCUUUGAAACGUCCAUGACAUCCCCCCAAAAUCCCGGCCAGACUCCCCGGUCCGAGAUAGCGCCAAAUCUUUCCGUACAGUUUGCGGACAACCAUAUGGAAUGGCUUCCUCAAUCAGACAGCUCAAGCAACUUCCAUGAUCCCUUUCAGAUGUGGCUGUUCCCUUCGCUGGGGGAUCUGGAUCAGUCUCCCGAUUUUCUGCAGACUUAUGGGUUACCUGAUACCCACCAAUACGCCGAUUCCAAAGACCUAGUGAAUGGCAGAGCCUACGACCCUGUCGACAGAACGAAGAUCAUCGCCAAGGUCCCUCGAGAGCGCUUCUCUCGGGUUCAGCGAUGUUGGAAUCCUCGUCCUGGUCGCGUGUACCGCUCCAUGCCUAUUCUUUGGAGAGAAGUUGCUUUGUCACCAAUGGACAACCUCUUCUCAGAGUCACCUGUGGCCGACGACUUCAGAACAACUACAAACUGGGGGCUUGACACCGAAUGUAGGGUACGACUCCGGGAUACAUUCCGUACGCCUGCUCCGUCCCGAUAUCAUUCACCAAAAUUGCAACCCGUCGUCGACCCUUCGCUGUCACAACCACCAUCCGAAGAAUUUCCGCCUGCCGAGAUACUCGAUAUUGCACUGGGACUUUUCUUCCGCCGCUUUCAUCCGACUGUGCCUUUCAUUCACAUUGCGACCUUCUCUGUACGGAAUACACCUUCACCCAUGCUAUUCGCCAUAUGUCUUAUUGGGCUAAGUAUACUUGGAACGACUGGUGCUACGAGAUUUGUGUCCAGAAUGUUUCCGAGCUUCCUGCAACGGGUUUGCAGUGAUCUCGCUACGGCUGCUUCUUGUUCCGCGUCACCGACACAGCAGAUGGUCCUGUAUGCCACGGGACUGUUGACGCUCAAUUUGUCCGUAAUCACUGGGGACAAGGACUGUCUCAACCAGAGUCAGAUGCUUUAUGUCAGUUUACUGGCUAUCGUGCAGCAGAAUGGGCUGUUCUCGGCUGGAGAUGGGCAAUCUCUCGACGCACUGCUGUCAGAAAUGUCCGAGUCAGAUGACCGCUGGAAGGCGUGGAGUCGCAUAGAAUCUGCCAAGCGUCUCAUCCUGGGAUUGCUACAGUGUGACUCGUGGUACGCGAAUCUGCUGUCGAAGGCGCCCAUUGUUCGUUCGGAAUCGGUCUGUCUUGUUGCGGCAUGCGACGAAGCGCUUUUCCAGGCCAAAUCUGCGACACAGUGGCAGUCACUUCUUCGAAGUGGCAAGAACCAAAGCGCCCCGACUUUUAAAAUCGAAGACUUGCACAAGCACGACAUGGAGCCUAUCAGCAAGCUAGGCUACUUGGGACGAUCGAGCCUGCUUGCUCUUUUGCAGAUCCAGGUGCUCGAAGCCUACCAGCGUCUGAUGCCCCCGGAUCAACUGACCAUCGGCUCGUAUAUACCCUGGCACAUGUACUCUGGGGACGCUCGGGCAAGGACAUUGGUGCCGGCCAUUCUUGCAGCGAUGAACACGGCAGGUCCGUUGGCCAAAAUCGACGACACGAACUGCGUCGUUCUCUGGCACAGUCUAUGCGUGAUGCUCCUGGCUGACUUCCGCAUGUUCGAGCUCGCGGCGGGUCGACACGGCGCCAUACCUGCCACCGGUGCCCUCGAGAACAUCUCCCAAUGGAGUCAGACGCAAGCGGCAAGGAGAGCCUGUGUGCACGCGGCUCAGACGUUCAAACUGAUGUCGGAGCGACGGGUCAGCGACAACGUCACCAUCCACAGCGUGACUGCACUAUUUUCAUCUGCGCUCGUCCUCGGCCUGUACCUUUUCAUGGUCAACCCAGGCUCCGGCCGCCAAGGGACCGCGCCCGUCGAACUCAUGGAGGCAGAACCCGACUGGGCCGAGCUAGGCGACAUGGGUUUCAAGGACGAAUCCCUCGACCCCACUACCACCGAACGGAAUCUUACGACGAACCGGGAGGACGAGCAUUUUAGCCACGUCUAUCAGUUUGUCAAGUACGGCGGCAUGGUCUCCCUGGGAGGCGUGGCGCACAGUGGCGGCUACGAAGGCGCCAGGCGGGUUCUUCUUGAUUUUGCAAACCUCAUGGAUGGCAUCAGUGGUCGGAGACUCCGCACAUUUACGCAGGUCCUGCACAUUAUGAGUGAUGAUUUGAUGAAUGUCGAUCCGGCGCUCUAG